AUGCGGGUUAUGACUAAUACAUUAACAAAGGAAGAUAAGGGCCUGUUAUUAUCAGUUUAUCACACAAAUAUAUCUAAGUGGUGGAGGCGUGAAAAAAGCCUACACGCACCUCACUUAACGUUUAAUUAUCGAACCAAACACAUACUUAUGUUAACAAAGAUAAAAAUGAGUUCAGAAUACCUCUCGAAAGAUAUUUUAGAAGAGGACUUUUUAAAAACAUUUACUCCUUACCAUAUUUGCCAAAAAGUUUUGGGGUCAUGUCGCGUCAAUGCUAAAAAUAGAUUUGUUACAGCACCAACGAGAUGGCAAAGAGGGUAUACUGUAUUUUGUAUGACUCUCCUUACACUGUGUUACGUUAAGAUGUUCUUGAUAUUUACCGAGAAAUUUUCCGAUAAUGUUAACAUUAGUUUUCUGAUAGUUACAAUGUUAAUAGUACAAGUGAUUAUAUUCACUAGCAAUUUGAUCCACGUACGUUUCCUGACUUGCCAUGACAACAUAGAGUUCUAUAUUAAAAUGCAAGAGAUCGACCGUAUUAUGAAAAUUGACAAAGAUAAAACGCUGAGCUCUCUGCAAUACAAAGUUCAUGUAAUGUCUAUACUAUUUUUGUCUCUGAGUGCUUUAGGACUUGUAAGUUUGAGUUUCACAGGAGGUAUUAUUACGGCAAUAUUACUUUGCUCUGGGAUCUACUGUGAAGCUCCUUUCGCGGUAGAAAUGAGUCAUUGUUCUAAUAUAAUGCUUUACUUUGCAUUGCGUAUCCGUUUAGUCAACGCGAUCGUAUCAAAUCACAUUUACGGAAACACUUCAUCGAAACCUUUAAUUUCUGAUAUGUUCACAAAUCACUAUAUGAAAAAUGUGGCUGCUAAAAUACAUGAUUUUAAAACUAGUGAAACCGAUAUUUAUUUACGAGAAAUAAUACGCGGUUUUAAUAUGUAUAAGGAUCUCUACAAGUUCCAAGUGAUUUAUAAAAAACAAUGUGACGAACAAUUAAUUGAUGCAUUAACAUUUCAGAUUCUCUUACUAUGUGUAAAGAUAUUUAUUUAUGCGCUAAUAACAUUUGAAUACACUCUUCUAUCAGUGAAGUACAAUAUCUAUGACGUGGUUCAUAUAGCUGCAUUUUCUACAAUAAUAACUGUGGAUUUAUUGACAGUGACGUUUCUUUGCCUGCGAUGCGAGAUUUUCAUUAGAUCAGUCAAAGAAACCAAACUAUUAACGAUCUCGGUUAUGUCCAUUUACCUCGAUGGACCACUCAGAAAGAAGGCUAAGUGUAUGUAUGACAUUAUAGAAGAAAUUCCGCCAGAUUUAUCAAUAUACGAUAUGUGGGACCUGGACGCACGUAUUGUGUUUGCAUUAUUUUACACAAUCACGAAUUUUAUCGUCACAUUACUUCAGUUUGCUUUUUUGUAAUAUU